AUGUCUCAAGAGAAUAUGGAUGUGCUUUUCAAGGAGGAGCGGAGCGAGCUCCUGGAGGGGAGCCUCAGUGACCACCUCAGCGAAUUCAAGAAACGGGAGCACGUGUACCUGGCGUGCAUCUCCUCGCUGGAAAAGGAAAUAUGCCAGACGCACACGUACCUUAACGAAUGGAGGAACAUGCACAUGUACGAAGACGAGGAGGGGAAGGCCUCAAAAGACGACCUCAUGAAUAUCAACUCUCUUAGGAACCUGCUAAUAGACCCAUCCAUAAAUUUGGAGAUUAAAGAAUUGAGGCAGAAAAUUUACGAAGUAACAAAAAAGUGGAACCUCGCAGAGGAAAAGCUACAAGGGUUUAACUUUGACGCACAAUCAUCGGCAGGACAAAGACUCAUAAGUAAGUGUAAAAAGUUGCAAGACGAAAAUUACGAGCUGGGAAAAACAUUGGAAGAAAAUACCCUGCAACCGUUAUCCAUACAAAUAAUAAACAUGAAGGAGCAAAUGCUUUUUUAUAAAAAUGAGUUGAAAAUAUUAAAAGAGUUAAAUGCAGAUAUCGAUGAAGACAACGAGUUGUUGAGUCAGCAGUUGGGAGAGCUUUCGAAAAAGUAUACGCAGAUUAGUAAGGAGAAAGCUGAGUUGGAGGAAAAAAAUUUAAAACUGAGGAACCACGUCAGUGCGCUGCAGCUCAAGUUGAAGGCGCAAACGCACCCCCAGGAAGGGGACACCCUAGGGGAUGUGGGUAGGAGCAGUCACGGUGCAAGUCCACGCAGUAGGAGCAACCGCAGUAGGAGCAGCCGUACCUACGGGAAAUACACGGCGGAGCGCCGCCACGAUACGUACUCCUCCCGCAGCGGUAGCCGCAAAGUUAGCCAAGCGAACUACGAAGACAACCACCGAAUCGGGGGAGGAUACUCCAAGUAUAGACAAGACUACACGCACAGCAACUUCCGCGAAGAUGAAGAGGAAGAUGCUUGGAGGGAGGGCUACAAAAGAAGUGACUCUCACAUGAGGGAACGAAGAAGCAACCCCGAUGAUGACACCCGUACGUACUAUAAUGAUGACAAUUACAGGAAGAGGAGUUCCGAUGGGAGCAGGGAAAGGAAGUAUAGGAAAGUGGACCGACACCACCAUAGGGAUAGGAAGACUGACAGGGAAAGGGAAAAAGAGAGGGACAGGGAAAAGGAUAAGGAAAAGGAACGGGAAAGGCACAAGCUGAAGGAUAAGGAGAGGAGCCGGAAGGAAAGGGGGCGCGAAAAGGACAAAGAUAAGGAGUCGGAAAGGGAACGAGACCGGGAUAGGAGUCGGGACCGGGGUAGAGACCGAGAUAAGGAUAGAGGCCGAGAUAGGGAUAGGGAACGAGAUAAGGAUAGGGAACGUGAACGUGACCGUGAGCGGGACAAGGGCAAAGACAGGACCAAAACGAAAGAACGCGAAAAAGCGAAAAGCAAGCACAAAAGCAAAAAUAAGGAAAAGGGGAAAGGCAAAGGAAAGAGAGACGAAAACUACGACAGCAGUAAUUACUCAGAACCGAAGAGAAGAUCUACCAAGGAUUAUGGGGAUGACCGUCGGGACCACUCCAACGCGUCUAAGAAUGGGGAUGCCGAUGAUAAGGCGGGCGAGGUUGACCGCUACGUCUACCUGCACAAGUGA